AUGGCGGCGGUUCUGCUUCAGCUUCUGGAGCGGCCGGAGCUCAAUAAACUCCCCAAGGGAGUGCAAAACAAGUUGGAGAAGUUCAUAACGGAGCUCCAGAGCGCCAACGAGGCGCUCAGGACGAAGCACGAGCGCGUCGGAGCCGACUGUGAGCAACAGUGCUUCGAUGUGGAGAAGAGACUGUCAGAAAGCCAAGAGCAGAUCCUGUCUACAACUAAAACCCUGCAGACACUCAAAGAGGAGAACAAGAGACUCAAUGAAGAGCUUUCCACUCUUAAGGGAAUCGAGGGAGACACCUCAGAAGAUAAACCACUACAACAGACCAAAUCCAAGUAUGAGAUUGAGGCAGAGAGGAGAGAGCUGGCCAGACUGUUGGAGAAGAGAACACAGGAAGUGGAGAACCUUACUGAGGAUGUGAAGCGCCUCAAUGAGAAGUUGACCGAGACCAGCAAAGUCAAGGUGGAGCUGCAGUUAAAACUGGAUGAUAUACAGUCAUCUGAGACUUCCAUACAGCAUCGAGAAAAGCGUAUGGAGCAGGAGAAGGAGUUGCUCCAGAAGCAGAUGGAAUGGUUAAAUGCUGAGCUGAAGACCAAGACCGAGGAACUGCUGAGUACCAACAGAGAAAAAGGCAAAGAGAUAUUGGAGCUUCGCUGUAACCUGGAGAACAGCAAGGAGCAGGUGACCCGACUUGAGAGCCAGCUGGCCUCUCUUAAGGGAACCAGUGACAGCAACCACAAAAGAGCCGAGGACCUCAACAGUAAACUAAAACAGUCUAAAGACCAGAAGAGUGCCAUGGAGGAGAAAUAUCGCAAUGAACUCAAUGCUCAUAUCAAGCUGUCAUCCCUCUACAAGGAGGCUGCUUCAUAUGCUGAAAGCAAGAACCAGGAAUUGAACAGAGCAGUGGAGGAGCUCACCAAGUUUGUCAAAGACACUGGAGAUGCCAAUAAGGGAUUACAGAAGAAAGUGGAAGAGGGGAAGGAGCUAAACGAAAAGCUGGAGGCUGAGUUUGGAGAGAAGAUCAAGAAGAUGGAGAAGGAGCUGGAGAACGCCAACAUGAAGGCUGCUGGCAAACAUUGCUGCAUUCCUUCUUUGACUGAGGAGCAGCUAGACACCAUGUGUCCUUCGGCAGCUGCCAUAGCUGAGAUUGUCAAGCCCGGUAUGAAGUUCUUUGAGCUGUAUAACGCCUACGCCGAGUGUCAGACCAAGCUCCAGCUGGAGAAACAGGAAACAAAGCGCAUCAGCAGGGUGCUGGAUGAGAUUGUCCUGGAAGUGGAAUCUAAGGCCCCCGUCCUCAAACGGCAAAGAGAGGAGUAUGAGGGCAUGCAGAAAUCCAUGGCAUCGCUGUGCAAUAAACUGGAACAGGCCAGAAUGGAGAUUCACACUCUGCAGAAAGAGAGAGAGGAGGCCAAGCAACAAUGCACUAACCUGGAGGGAGACAAACGGAGGACGAAGAGACAGCUGGAGGACACAUCUGCCCAGUUGUGUACCCUCCUGGUGGAGCUGGAAGAGGCCAAGGGAAGUCAUGUGACCAAGGAGGACAGCAGCACCACUGACGUCUCCUUCUCCUCAGAGGUCGUCAGCGCACGCCAGCUAACCUUCCGCAGUGUGGAGGAACUACAGAGGCAGAACCAAAGCUUGCUGGGAAAGCUGAGAGAGCUCGAAGAGGAGAGAGAGAAACAGAAGAAUCAAGUAACGUCAGCACGGGUGUCAGAGUUGGAGAGCACUGUGGAGCAACUGCAGAAGGAGAUGGAGCAGCUGAAAGAGCAGAGGAACCAGCAGAAACAGCUGGCGGACUCUAACGCCAGACAAAGAGACAUGUAUAGGAUACUGCUGUCACAGAGCACUGGCCUCAUCCUGCCCCCACAGGAUCCUUCCUCCAAGGCCACUCAGCCCUUCCCCUCAGGUCCAGCUGUUCGCUUCCCUCCCCAAAGAGCAGCGGCUGCAGAAUCAGCACAGACUGCGCAGGCUAAAGCUGCAUUGAAACAGCUCAGUGACGCCUUUGCCCUGUAUAAGAAGGAGAAGGCAGAGAAUGACAAGUUACUGAAUGAAACCAACGACAGGCUGCAGAAACAGCUGGCAGAGCUGAGCGUCAGCAAAGCCAAACUGGCAUCUCAACUAGAAUUCACCAAUAAGAGGUAUGAGAUGCUCCAGGAAACGGUAUCGGCCUUCCGUAGAGAGAUCUCAGCUCUACAGGGCAUAAACCGAAAAAUGGCAGCCACGACCCAACGGCACGAACACAUCAUCCACACCAUGAGCCAGGACCUACGGCAGGCUAAUGAAAAACUGGCUUUGGAAGAGGUACGAGUUGAGAACUUGACCAAAGAGAGAGACAUAUUGAAGCAGGCAGAGAAUCGGCUCAGCCAGGAGAAGGAGGCCAUAAUGGCUGAACAGCGCAACCAGACCCUUCUGCUCACCAACCUCAAGACAAUACAGUUGACUAUGGAGCGGACAGAGACAGAGACUCACCAGCGAUUGAACAGCCAUAUAGAGCGUUUGGAGGCAGAGCUGGUUACCAUGAAGACAAAGGUGGACCAGGAAGUAGAGCAGAGACAUGCCCUGGGACGUAGCAUGGAUGACCAGCUAUUAGAAGCUAAGAAACAGCUAGAAAACCAGAAUACCUUGCAAAAGAAGACCAGGGAGUUGUUGCGCAGUUCUGAGCAGCAGGUGGCGAUGCUGAGAGCUCAGCUGAGUUCAUCUGAACCUGUGGCUGUGACCACCACUCCAGCCACCAGGGCCUCAGCUGUCAGAACGCCACUCAGAGCUCAAGCCUCAUCAGCUUCCCAGCAGCCCAACCAAUCAGAGCGGGAGCUCACAGAGGUCAAAGGUUUAUUACGAACCGCUGAGGAACAAUGCAAAGAGAUAGCGGAGCAGCUGAAGAACGCUAAUGCUACUGUGGAGCAAUACAAAGCAGUGGUCCUGACUCUGGAAGACAGUUUGAAAAAAGAAAAACAGUCCCGAUCCCCUCUAGAGAUUCGACUGAAAGAAUUGGAGGAGGUGCAGAAGCAGCUGGAGAGGAGGAUCCUGGAAGUGGAGAAGGAGAAACAGCAGGAGCAGGAGGAGAAGAGGAGGGCCAUGGAUGCUCUGGACAAACAAAUUUGCGAUUUGAAGCGCAGCCUUAAGGCCAGUCAAGCAGAACAACAGGAGGCGCUAGAGAAAGCAGCCACCGCUGUCACACAGGAACAGAAGGCUACACAGGACAGCUUGCAGCAGACUAAGCUAGCUGGAGAGGCGCAGGCAAAGUAUGAGCGGGAGCUAAUGCUCCAUGCUGCCGAUGUGGAGGCACUGCAGGAGCUGAAGACGCAGGGGCAGAAAAGAGAAGCCAAAAUAAUGGAGCUGGAGCAGGAACUCAACAAGACCACCUCCCUGCUGCAGGAAAAGACAGCAGACUGGAACACACUGGAGAAGAAACUGAAGGAGGAUUUGUCUGGUCAGAGUCGUCAUUGUGAGGAGUUGGGGAAACAAAAUACGCUGCUGCACCAACAAAUGGAUGAGAUGGCCAACAGGAGUAAACAGCAGCAACAGCCGCAGCAGCUUAACUUGUCCUUCACCGAGGAGGGGAAGACCACCGAACAAAUACUAGAAAUACUCAGAUUUGUGCGUCGUGAGAAGGAGAUUGCUCUGACAGAGUGCGAGGUGUCUGAGGGAGAAGCCCUUCGCUACAGACAGAGAGUUGAACACCAGGAGAGGGAGCUGAAGGAUCUGCAGGAGGCGCUGAACACCGAGAGGGAGAAAAUGCAGGCUACAACCAAGACCCUGUCCCAGCAGGAGGAGCAGUUGAAGAGGAUUGGGAGUGUCGGCGUUCUCCAGGAGACGAACAGAGUCUUGAAAACGGAGAGAGACCGACUACAACAGGAACUACAGCAAGCUCAGGCUAAAGUUACUAAGCUUCAGUCAGACAUUAGCCCGCUGCAGCAGAAUAUUUCCCUAAUGUCAGAGAGAAACGGCUCUCUGCAGGCUGAUAAGAAGAUCCUGGAGGAUGACCUGAAACGACUGAAAACUAGACUGCAGCAACUGACCAACCAACAAAAGGACAGCGACGUAGAGGAGAGACAAAAACUAAACAAUGAGAGAGAAGCUCAGCAGAGACGCAUCACACAACAAGCCGAAGAGACAGCCAGGCUGAAGACAGAACUGGCCAGGUCCAGCGCCAGUUGUAACUCAGCCCAGUCGCAACUGCAAGCGAUCAAAGAUUUAAUGGUGAGGCUGACCUCAGAGAGGGACAAUGGGAGAAAAGAUCUGGAGGUAAAAACCAACGAGAUCUUGGAGAAGAACAGGACCAUUUCCCAGGUCAAGAAGAUUGGACGGCGCUACAAGACCCAGUAUGAGGAGCUCAAAGUCCAGCAUGACAAGCUGGCUGAGGAAAUGGCCAAGUCAAAAGGCGAGGCAGGGCCAAUCAAAGAUGUCCAGCAGGAGCUGACAAAGGCUCAGGAAGAGCUCAGUAACACCCGACAGGAGAUGACCAAGUUUAAAGAAGAGGCACAGAAAAAACAGGAGGAGGCCCAGAAGGUCCAGAAAGACUUGGAGGAGGCUCAGAAGGAGAACCAACAGCUUAAAGGACAACUCCAGGAAGUCCAAACCCAGCUGACGCAGAAUCAGACCCAGCUGACACAGGUCCAGUCCCAAAUGUCCCAGAUUCAGACCCAGCUCCAACAGAAUCAGAACCAGUUGAAUCAAAAUCAGAAAGAACUCCAGCAAACAAAGACCCACACCCAACAGGUGCAGAAUCAGUUAAAAUCAGCACAGAAUCAAUCCCAGGCCCGUCAGAACCAGAACCAGCAAAUUCAAAGGGAACUCCAGCAGGCAAAGGAAGCUCUUCAGCAGAACUUGGCCAAACAGAAAGAACAACAGCAAACCCAAAUGACCCAUAAUCAGGAGGUCAAUGCUCUCAAGACCACUCUCAGCCAAUUAGAGAGCAAGGUGACUGAGCAGCAAGGUCAGCUGGACAGUCUGCAGAAGACACUUGGCGAGCGAGAAGCAGAGAUCAACCGUCUACAGGACCUGCUCGUCGAAGCUAACCAGGCUAAAGAAGCUAGCCGAGCUGCACAGCCCAGCCAGAGUUCCCAGUCUCAGUCCAGCGAGCCGAGCGCAGACAGCGAUGCUAACAAGACGCUGCAGGAGGAACUGGCUAAACUUAGACAUGAGCUGUCAGAGCGCUGCAGCAGAGAGGAGCAACUCAGACAGCAAAUGGCUGACAAAGAGGAAAAGACCAAGAAGGCCUUUCUGGGAGCCAAGACCAAAAUCAACCAACUGAACAGUGCCAAGGAGCAGAUGUCUAAAGAGAACGAAGAGCUGAAACAGAGCAAGGAGGAACUGGAAGUACGAUUAAACGCCCUCAAGUCCCAGUACGAAGGAAGACUGCUCCGACUGGACAGGGAGCUACGGGAGCUGAGAGAGACGCAAACACACCCUGACCAGAGGGAGGAGAGCCAGGAGCAGAGCACCUCCAAGGUGUGUGAACAGUCCAGAUUAGCAGAGCAGAGACAGAUGCCUCUUAAGAGCCCUGCCCAAGACAGAGGAAGCUCCAGCUCAUCUGACCCUCCCACUGCCAACAUUCGCCCCACCCCUAGCACACCGUCUCCUAGCAACAAGCCAAGCCCCGCUCCUGGUAACAAGGCCACGCCCCGCGCCAGCAUCCGUCCCAUGGUCACUCCAGCAACUGUCUCCAUGCCGACCCCUACGGCCACAGUGAUGCCAACUACUCAAACGGACAACCAAGAGGUACUGAUCAGUGCCAGUGGCUCUGUGCACUCCACCAGUCCCAGCCGAGUGAACACGCCCACCUCUGUGACUCAGCCAACGAGCUCGCAGGCCACCGCCUUUGUCCAACCCACCCAGCAGCAAGCAGCCAGUCAGGAAGCAGGGCCUAGUGUCGAGACAGAGAGACCGUCUACAUCCUCCACUUUGAUUGGAUCAGGAGUUUCAACAGGGCCAAAGCGAGGCAGAGAAGAAGAGGAGGGUGUAUCAGAGAGUUCACACACAAUCUUAGAGCAACUUCCAUCCACCAAGAAAAUAAGACUAAGACAAACAAUUGCACCCCAGGUGGAAGAUACUGAGGGAAUGGAAGGAGAGCUGGAGGAGGAACAGGAAAGGCAGGAGGAAGCCGACGACAGCCAAGAACUCCCCGAGGAGGGUCUUCCGGUCCUAGCUGAGGAAGACGAGGAAGAAGAAGGAGGCAUGUCCCAGUCGGUCCCGUCUGAUCCGAUGACCCCACAGGUCAUCCCCCAGGAGAGGGAUUUCAUUGUGAUCGACACUGACAGCGAGAGCCAUGAGAGCAAAGAGGAGGAGGAGAAAGAAGACGAUGAGGAAGAGUACAAGGAGGAAGAGGAAGAUAAUGAAGAUGGGGAUGCCGGUGAUAGGGGGAUGGUAGGGGAAGAGAGUAACGAGGGGAGCAGAGAGACGGGGGAGGAGGGAGGAGGGGGAGAGGAGAAUGAAGAGGGAGAGCCAUCGGAAGCCACCAUUGAUGAGGAGAACCUUAGUAGAGCCUCCUCUCAGUCUUCCCAGCGGACCGCCGACCCCUCCCACAGCAGCAGCAGCAGCAACACAUCGGAGCCAGACCACCCUAGAGAGCCGCUCCACCUCCCUCCUGCUUCCGCCUCAGCUCCCUCUACUUCCUCCCUCACCCCUCGUCUCCCUCAACCUCGUCGGCCCCACCACCCCCUCCCACCGCGCCUCUACAUCCAGCCCCCCGCCCCAGAGCUGGGACCCCCACACACACAGAGACAGUCCACUCAGCUACGCAGACCGUCAGUAGGGAGAGGACCUCAACUGACCCCAGGGAUUGGCAGUAUGCAACAUUUCUUUGAUGAGGAUGACAGGAUGGUUCCCAGUACUCCCACUCUCGUGGUCCCACUCCGUACUGAUGGCUUUGCUGAGGCUAUACACUCUCCUCAGGUAGCAGGUCUGUCAACCAGGUUCAGGUUUGGACCUCCUGAAGACCUGCUGCCUCAGGCAUCAGCCUCACACUCGGACCUGGGACAGCUGGCGUCACAAGGAGGUCUAGGAAUGUAUGAGUCCCCCUUGUUUCUGGCUGCUCAUGAGGAAGAGGGAGGAGGGAGGAGUGUCCCUACCACACCGCUACAGGUGGCUGCUCCAGUGACGGUCUUUACAGAGUCUCUGCCCUCAGACAGCGGAGACAACAUGGCCUCCCAGUCUGUUCCUAUGGUAACUGCAUCCACUACAAUGGCGGCAGCUACAGAUGAUGGAGAUGAGGUCUUCAUGGAGCAGGAAGGAGAGGGUUCUAGUACAGAAGCUUCUUUAGAGAGCCGGGUAGACAUAGAGCCAACAGGACAACAGAGUGAUGAUGCUGGCCCGCCAUCCACCAGCCAGGAGCCAGACACCAGUAAUAUUACUCAGCGCCGCCUCCUGGUCAGCCAAGCCCAGAGCAGCGGUCUUAUAGCGAGAGGAGCAGGAUCCAGAGGAAGAGGGGACGCCAGGACCACAUUCAUCCGCAGAGGUGAGACUUUCACUCGAAGAGGAGGAGCCAUGGGUCGAGGGAGUCACCCUUAGUAAUGUUUUAGUCCAUGCAAAUCCAGUCAGUUAAACCAACCAGGAGGAUGAAUGUAAUGCCAUAUGAUGGGCUACUAGAAUCUUUGAGUAUUUAAUGUUUUACUCAAUUUAUCAACUUUUUUCUGUUUCUGUCACUGCUAUUGAUUUUUGUCUCUUUAAAAUCAUAGUAAUAACAACAUUUUUUCAAUAGUAUGACGGCCUCACAUUCUGGUCUGAUUUGUAAUUUUGCCUCCAAAUUAUUCAGUUUACUUUGAAUUUGUUGUCAAAUCCAUGUAGCUUUUAUUUUUUUUGUUUCUAUAAUUUUGUUUUACGUGUAUUCAUUGAAGCCAUCAUAGAUUUAUUUUGUUAGUAUAUGUCCAUGUUGCUCAGUUGUUGUGUGAUUUGAUGCCGAAGCAUUUCUUGUCUUGCUAAUAAAGUUUGAGUAA